UAAAGAAGUAAGACCUUUACUUUGAUCUGGAUAAACGUACGAAUUGUUACUCUUAACUCAUUUCUUCUCGAGUUAAAUAGCGGGGUAGAGUUUUACGUGCAUCUCAGAUAGUCCUUUAAACAUUUAAUAUAAAUGCUUUGUAGUUGUGCAACCUGCCUCCGCAAAAGUCCUCUCAAGCGCGACCCCGUUCGGCGUGUGCAACAGAUGAGUAUUUGGACCAAUGGAGCGCGCCAAAUAGGAAGUUGCUGUUUGUAGAAUGUGUAGUGGCAAAAAACAUACAUGAAAAAUGGAAAAUGGUUUUCAAGCUUUUAUAUUACACGUGAAAUAAGUUUCAACAUUUCCUGUAAUACCGGAGGAACUACAAAUCGUGUGGACUAGUACUGAAAAUAUGGAUUGCAGCAGUGACAUUGUGAGUGUGUGGCCUCGCAUGGAGCCCUUCCUGUUGGGAACACUGCAAGCGGCUCCUCCCACCAAGCUCAGCUUGCACUACCUGCGCAAGAUGGCGUCCUACGUACGCCUACGAGAGGGCUGCUUCCCCAUGCUAGGCUGGCCCAUGUGGCGUCACAUCGCCUGUGGCAAGCUGCAGCUGCAGGAGGACAUGGCCUGGCUCUACUUUGAGACCUUUGACCUCCUGACUGGCCACCCCCCAGAGGAGAGACUGGAGUGGGCGGAGUCUUUAUCGCAGUGCUCGUCACAGAGAGAUUUGGACCGCCAGAGGAGCAAGUUGUGUGUGAACACGCUGCAGUUCCUUCUUUUCCUCUACAUCCAACAGCUGAACCAUGUGUCUCUUCGCACCUCUCUCAUUGGUGAAGAGUGGCCCAGCCCCCGUGCCCGCUCACCUUCCCCCUCCUCAGAGCGCGAGGCCAAGACCAGCUCCCAAAACAAGAACUGGGAUGACCAGGCGCACCUGGGCUUCAUCCAGAACCACCUGUGUGAGCUGCUGGAGCUGCUGGUGGAGCCCGGACAGCUCUCUGGCUCUGGGCAGGCCAUCAGAGACAGCAAGGUGUCUCUGGAAGCCCUGCCAGGCCUUAGCCUGCUGUUGGAGGGGACUGUGGGCAGUGGGCGGGGGGUCCACCCCCUCCACAGGCUGCUCUCCAAAGCACCCUUCCAGGCCCAGGCAGGCUUCUCCAAACUCAGCCGCUCCUUCCCCCUGCACCAGCUCAUGUCCUGGCUGCGACAGACCCUAGUCCUCAACCCCUUUGGCAUGUCCGCCUGCCUGCGUUCUGGCAAGAAGCUAGCCUGGGCCCAGCAAGUUGAGGGCGCUAUGAAGAGAGCUAAAAUUGCCCGGAACACCCACAUGGCCCCUCCAGGAAGCCGCAUGGUCCUCAUGUCCCAGGUGUUUAGGCAGACUCUGGCCAAGGAUUCAGAGAAGCUGGUGGGAGCCAAUGUCAAGGUGCACCGCUGCAGCGAGGCUUUCAUCUACCUGCUAUCCCCUCUCAGGUCGGUGAGUCUAGACAAGUGUCGUAACAGCACCGUGGUCUUGGGUCCAGUGGAGACCAGUGUUCACCUCCAGAGCUGUGAUAACGUGCGGCUGGUGUGCGUGGCCGGCCGUUUGGCCGUAGGGGCCUCCUCGAACUGCACCAUCCACGCCCUGACCCCCACCCGGCCCUUGCUCCUGCCAGGCAACACCGCUCUAACCCUGGGCCCCUUCCACACCUACUACCCUUCCCUGGAGGACCACAUGGCCAGGGUGGGGCUGGCAGUGGUGCCCAAUGCCUGGGACCAGCCCCUACUGCUGGGAGCAGAGGGCACCACUCUUGACUCGGCUUGCUACCGCCUGCUGCCCCCUGAGGACUUCUACCCCCUGGUGGUGCCUUUCAAGAUGGAGGGGGACACAUGCGAAGUGCCUGGGGGGUUGCCACCGGUGUACCAGAGGGCCCUGGAGAGUCGUGAGCAGAGAGUGCAAGACUGGCAGAGCACAUUAAUGGAGGCCAACCUCAACAAAGAACAGCGUCAACAGUUCAAGGCGCUGGUGGAGCAGAAGUUUCACGAGUGGCUGCUGGAGACUGGUCACAGACAGGAGCUGGACAGCCUUACCCCUUUCACCGUCUCCCCUGAGGACCCCACGGGAGACCAGAGCUCAGCUCAAAGACUACUUGAACCCAAGGCAAGGGACACCAAACAAAAAGGCACCAAUUCCAGGCAGGCAAUGGGACGGACGCCUAUGGCUUGCUGACCUCGGGGGGGGGGGGG